AUGACUAAUAUCCAAACUAAAAUUCCAUUUAAUAUACGAAAAAAGUGUUCAUUUUAUGGAACCAAAAAUAAUAUUUCGAAACAAGAUUUUACUGAUGCAACUGCUAGAGAUUCUUCGAAUAAGUAUAUUCCAAGAGUUAAAAAGGUUAUUACCUUUAGUAGUAGUGAAUCAGAAUCGGAUUCGGGUUCAGAUGUGGAAAAUGCAUUAGCGGAAAAUAAUGCGGAACUACGUGGCAAGGGUAGGACCGCCCGAACUCCACAACGUACGCGAAAAGCCAGUAAAUCUAAUGCAGAUGAUAGCUCCACAUCUCCAAAACAAAAAAGAAUAGAAAAAUCAGUGCCAGCAACAUCUCCCUCUACUCUUUUAGACAAAUUAAAUUUAAUAUCGUCUCCUGAUAAAGAGGCAAAACUAGUUCCUAAAAAACUGUUUGGUUCAGAAAAAUAUCGUAAUGCUCUUAAGGCUUUACAUAGCUCACUACCUGAAACUUUACCUGAUAGAGAACCAGAAUUAGCCAAAUUAGAAGAAUUUCUGGAAGAACACUUGAAAACCGAAAGAUCAGGUUCCUUGUAUGUUUCUGGGCCUCCAGGAACUGGAAAAACAGCAUGUCUUUCAAAACUCAUUUUAAAGCCAAAGUUCAAAUCAUGCUUUAAAAUAAUUUACAUUAAUUGCACUACCAUGAAAUCUGCUGCUGCAAUUUAUUCAAAAAUCAUUCAGGAGUUAGGACUACCUCCUGGAAAAAAUUGUAAAACAAUCAUUCAGAAAUAUUUAAUAUCUAAACAUAAAAUGUUGCUUUUGAUUUUGGAUGAAUUAGAUCAAUUAGAAAGUAGAAAGCAAUCUGUUUUAUAUUCUAUUUUUGAAUGGCCAUCAAUGAAAAAUUCAAAACUACUUUUAGUUGGUAUUGCUAAUGCUUUAGAUCUAACAGAUAGAAUAUUGCCUAGAUUACAGGCUAGAUGUGAAUUGAAACCAAAGCUGUUGCAUUUUACACCAUAUUCUAAACAACAAAUAUGUAAUAUAAUAACCGAACGGUUAAAAGAAGCAGAAGUAUCUAAUUUGUUUUCUGGAACUGCAAUACAGCUAUUAGCUGGAAAAGUUGCUGCUUUCUCUGGAGAUAUUAGGAAAGCACUGGAUAUCAGUAGAAGAGUAAUAGAGCUUGCAGGGUCGCAAAAGAUAGUACAAGUAUUACAGCCCACAAAUGACAAUGGUAUGUCUGAAAAACAACAAUCUUUAACAGAGAGGCCAGCAGAUUUAAAGGAUGUUAUUGCGGUUUUAAAUGGUGUUUAUGGAGGAUCUCAAAAUAUUGAAAAAGAAGAAAACACAUUUCCUUUGCAACAAAAAUUGCUAUUAUGUUCUUAUCUGCUUAUUUUAAAUAGGGGGCGAAGUAAGGAUAUAACAGUGGGAAAAUUGCAUGACGUGUACAGGAAGGUCUGCGAGAAACGGAAUAUCCAUGCCGUCGAUAGUUCUGAAUUUGUAAGUUUAUGCUCGCUGAUAGAAACUAGAGGUAUUUUAAAAUUGACGACUAAAAAAGAGCCUCGUUUGUCAAAAGUCAAUUUAGAAUGGGAUCAAGAAGAACUAAAUUCUGCUUUGCAGGAUAAAAAUAUGAUGGGAGAAAUUAUUAACGAUGUGACUUGUUUAUAA